AUGGGGCCUAGAUGUCCCGGUAAUCAGCUGGUCCCGUUCUUGGAGGACCCUCUACUCGGACCUGACACCGAGUCUGAGGACUGUUUGACCGUUAACGUCUUCAAGCCGCACGGUCACGAUACGUCGAGGGCAAAGCUGCCAGUGUCAGUGCUCAUCCCCGGCGGCGCCUUUAAUCGCGGCGCAGCAAGGAUGCACAACACAUACACUAUGCUGGCUCAUUCACCGGAGCCUUUCGUCGCUGUCAGCAUGCAGUAUCGUAUAGGUGUAUUUGGCGGGCUCAACACUGAGCUCACUGAAAAGGAGGGUCUUCUAAAUCUUGGCCUGCGGGAUAUGUACGCCGCUCUCGAGUGGGUGCAGGAGAAUAUUGCCGACUUCGGGGGCAACCCGGAUGAUGUAACAAUCAUGGGCCUCAGCGCCGCUGCGCAUGGUAUUGGACACCUCAUCAUGGACGUCAAGCAGCCGAAAAAGCUCUACCACAAAGCCAUCCUGGACAGCGGCGCACAUACCGCAAGGACUAUCCACCCGCCCUCCUCUGCGCUCAACACACAGCACUUCCGGAACUUUCUGAAUCUUACUCCGUGCGGUCACUACAAGGACCUUCGCGACCUUAAUAUCCUGGGAUGUUUGCGAGCCUUGUCUUCUGAAACAGUUGACAGGGCUGGCAAAGAGGUCUUUGCGCGAUCCGAACCAUCGGUUCGCUGGGCAUGGCAGCCCGUCCUGGACGGUCAGAUCAUCUCACGUCGACCUCUCGACGCCUGGAAGUCAGGCAAUUGGAAUAAGGUGCCCAUGCUGACUGGUUCCACCCAUAAUGAGGGCGCCAACUACGUGCCUAAGACCGCAAACGCCUCGACAGAUUUCAUCGACUUCUUUAACACGCUGCUCCCUCACCUCACCAAGUCUGAGCUGGCAGAGCUGGGAGCGUUGUACCCCGAUCCUGUGACGGAUCCAAGCUCGCCCUAUACGGACCAAAUGCUCGCCAAGUUCGGCGUGGGAGCUCAAUACCGCCGCAUUGAGGCCGCCUACGGCCACUACGCGUACACAUGCCCUGUCCGCCAGACGGCCAUUUGGGGUUCCAGCAACUCGCCGCCAGACCCCCCGGUAUUCCUGUAUCACUGGGCCCUGAACAAGACGGCGCUUUUGGGCGCCGUCCACGGCGACCAGAUGCGAUAUCAGACGUAUAACCCGGAAGUGCGAGGGAUUUCGUCCGCACAAGACGAAGUCUCGGGGAAGUUUCACGCGUACUGCGUUAGCUUUAUCACCAAGGGAGAUCCUUCUGCGCUGAAGAAGGGCAAGUUUGCCGCGAGGGAGGAGUGGACGCCUUGGAAGGAUGGCAGACCCUCGACCAUGGUGCUUGGUGAAGGGAACGAUGAAAGGGCCGGCGGGACUGGCAAGGGAACAGCUGCGCAGAUGCAGGAUUAUAGGUGGGGUGAGGAGCAGUGUAAAUUUUGGUGGAGAGUUUCAGAGAGGUGGGAGGACUAG